AAAUCACAGGCUUUCUUUUGUCACAGCGGUUCCAAUUGUAACGCCGACACCCUCUCUCUCUCUCUCUCUCUCUCUACCCUCUAUAUAUCUCAAUCCUCACUAAAGCAUUCGGCACAGUUCUCCGGCAACCCUCGCCGGGAUCUGGUCGGAUAAUCUGGAAACGCCGGAUCUCUCAACCUUUUUUUUUUUUUUUUUUUUUUUCUCUAUUUUGGGUGCCCAUUACAGAGGCAUUUGAGAAUAUCGUGGAUAGCAUUUCGAGGUUUGAUUUACAUUUGUCAAAAAAUUCUGGGUUUGGUGGUUUUUUUUGUUGGAGCUGUGUGGGUGUGGGUGAAAGAGUAGGUGAGCAUUUGGUCAUUAAAGAAAUGAAGAUUUGAAGAUGGGUUUGAUUAUUUUGAUUAUACAUUUGUGUUUUGUGGGAUUGAAGAUUGAUGUUUUACAGUUUCGGCGAGCUGUGGAUAAGUUAAAAGCACCGUCUUGUCUUCUUUGGGGAUAGAGGUUUUUUUCAGAAGAUCUACUGGCAUACAGGUCGCGUUGAUGUCAAAGCUUGAGUGGAAUAAUUUAUAGUCUCUUGUUUGAUUCUGGCCUUGAAGGGUCAAGUUGCUUCGAGUGAGAUCAAUUGGGAUUGACUACAAGAGAAUGUGCAAGACAGAGGAUUCUGUUGAGAGAGGUAACUAUAGGGAGGUGUGGAAGAUAAAGAUGGGAUUUUUGGGAGAUGGAAAGACAGAGAAGUUAAAGCAUUCGAUGGUUUCGAGUUCCCGAAUGAAGUUAUGGUUGAUCCGAGCUAUCACGACGGCAUUGCUAUGGACAUGUGUUGUUCAGUUGAUGGCGCUUGGAGAGAUGUGGAGACCCAGAUUAUUGAAGAGCUGGCCUUCUUGUCUUAAUCAUUCUCAUUUGUCGCUAGCCGUUGAUGAAUCUCUGCCGGCCAAAGUUGUUCUUCCGCCAAAGAGGGUAUAUAAGAAUAAUGGCUAUCUUAUGGUUUCUUGCAAUGGAGGACUGAACCAAAUGCGAGCAGCGAUAUGUGAUAUGGUUGCUAUUGCGAGAUACUUGAAUGUCACUCUUAUUGUACCAGAGCUGGAUAAAACUUCAUUUUGGAAUGAUCCAAGUGAGUUCCAAGACAUAUUUGAUGUUGAUCAUUUCAUCACUUCACUGAGAGAUGAGGUACGGAUAUUGAAAGAGCUACCGCCUAGGGUCAAAAGACGAUUUGAACUCGGAAUGUUUCACUCCUUGCCACCCAUUAGUUGGUCUAAUCUAUCUUACUACCUUCACCAGAUUCUUCCACUGGUACAGAAGCACAAAGUUGUUCAUUUGAAUAAAACUGAUGCUAGACUUGCUAAUAAUGGACUACCUAUAGACAUUCAGAAGUUGCGCUGUCGAGUAAAUUUCAGCUCUCUGAGAUUUACACCACAGAUAGAAGAAUUGGGUAGAAGGGUUGUCAAGAUUCUGCGGGAAAGAGGUCCUUUCCUAGUUCUUCAUCUCAGAUAUGAGAUGGACAUGUUGGCUUUCUCUGGCUGCUCUCAUGGUUGCAAUAGUGAUGAGGUUGAAGAGCUGACAAGAAUGAGGUAUGCUUAUCCCUGGUGGAAGGAAAAAGUUAUAAAUUCUGAAUUGAAGAGGAAAGAAGGCUUGUGUCCCCUGACACCUGAGGAGACUGCCCUAGUAUUAAGUGCCCUGGGAAUUAAUCACAAUGUUCAAAUUUAUAUUGCUGCUGGUGAAAUCUAUGGUGGACAAAGAAGGAUGGCUUCUCUGGCUGCAGCAUUUCCUAAUUUGGUUAGGAAAGAAACUCUACUGAAACCUUCAGAUUUGAUAUUUUUCCAAAACCACUCAUCCCAAAUGGCGGCAUUGGACUAUCUUGUCUCUCUUGAAAGUGACAUAUUUGUUCCUACGUAUGAUGGAAACAUGGCCAAAGUUGUCGAAGGCCAUCGCAGAUUCUUGGGUUUCAAGAAGACUAUUGCAUUGAACAGAAAGCUUCUAGUUGAUUUGAUAGACCAGUACAGCAAUGGAUCAUUGAGUUGGGAUGAAAUUUCUUCCAUUGUGAAGGAUACUCAUGCUGAUCGUAUUGGGAACCCAAGAGAACGACUAGUCAUAGCAGAUAGACCGAAGGAAGAAGAUUACUUCUAUGCCAAUCCGCAUGAAUGCUUGCAAUCGUUAGAUGAACCAUUGAGGUACACAUGAUACUGCUCAUGCAAACAAGAUGGUUAUCUACCACCAUUACUCACAUCGACAAUUAGGGCACAGAGAGGACUCUAAUUAUGUUUAUGAACAUAGUUGAAGGAAGAACGGGGGCGCCUGAGCCGGGAUCAACUGAUAUUUAUAACUUUUUACUUUUUUUGAAUAAUUUGAUUACUGUAUAGUGUGACAAAGUAUUCCAUUGGAGGCCUAAUGUCACUUUACCUGGCAUUGUAUAAAAAGAAAAAGAAGGCAAAUUACAGAGCUUUGUUGGGCAGUUUUCAGACUAUUCACCCCUCCCAGAAAUGCCAUUUCUCCUAUCCUAGUUCUGAUAAA